AUGUUGCCGUACUGCAGUCGGCGGCUACUAAAAUCCUUCAAAUUCGUCCUAGCGCUGACUUUAAUCAUUUCCGUCGCACUCAUAUACAAGGUCUCCGUUCGUCCAGAUAUAGCGACUGAGCGUUAUCCUCCGCAACGUCUACCUCACUACGAAUGCCCAUGUAACACUUCCUCAACAGUCACUCGAGAAUCUCCAUAUAUUAAUCAAAAUCUAACUGAACAUCGUGCACUUCUUCUGUUGGAGAGUGCUUACUCGCGUCAUGGACGCCUUCUUCAACAAAUUCUGAGUGCUUCAAAAUACUCUUUCAAAGCGGAGACGUUCUCAAAGAAUCUUCCCCUACUCACAACCGCGACAAGAGGUCGAUAUGCGAUUAUUAUCAUCGAAAACUACUACAAAUAUUUGAAUAUGGCCAAAUGGAAUCGGCAGUUGUUGGAUAAGUACUGUAUCGACUACAAUGUCCCGUUAAUAUCGUUUCUUUCCACGCGACCAAACACAACUUAUCAGAAAGUGAAGAUCAAAGGAUCGAGGCUGCACUUUUGGCAGAAUCAAGAAGUUGUGUCUCUGAAAGUGGCUGAAUCGAAUAUCCACAGAAUAUCAAGGAUUGGUGCCGAAAGGGCGGACGUUAAUACCCAUGAAUGGAUUCUUUUCGAAGAAUCGCCGGCUUUUUCUACUGUGUUAUCAGCCAGAGAUGCAUUUGGUAGGCCACGAGCCGCUGUUGUUCACGACAAAGGAGAGGAGGACCACGUAAAGCGCAUACUGUUUGGACAUAAUGUAACUGACUGGACUAUCAAGAUGACGUUUCUUGAUGUGUUGUGGUACGUUACUGGUGGUCGCAUAGGAUGGACUUUGGAUCGCUACGUCCAAAUCGACAUAGAUGACAUAUUUGUGGGUGCUCGCGGCACACGAGUGGUCGAAAGUGAUGUCAAGGCCCUUCUUGAAAGCCAGGAGAAUUUGCGUGAAUUUAUCUCUAACUUCACGUAUAUGCUAGGGUUUUCUGGAAGCUAUUUUCGUAAUGGAGACGAUAACGAGGAUAAAGGAGAUGAAUUGCUUGUUGAAAAAGCGAACAACUUCUUCUGGUUUCCGCAUAUGUGGCGUCAUAAUCAUGCACAUGAACACAAUUUAACGUAUAUGGAGGCGACCAUGAUGCAAAACUUGUUGUUCGCACAGAAUAUGCGACUGCCAGUGAAAUAUCCUUAUGCCAUUGCUCCGCAGCAUGACGGUGUUUAUCCUGUCCAUUCAGAAUUAUACGCUGCUUGGAAAAAGAUAUGGAAAGUUGAAGUUACUGCCACAGAGGAAUAUCCCCACUUUAAACCAGCGUCAGAUAGGAAAGGAUUUGUGCACAUGAAUAUCUCGGUUCUACCUCGGCAAACUUGUGGCCUAUAUACUCACACUCAAUUUUUCCAUAACUAUCCAGGAGGAUUCGCCAAACUAACAAGUCUAAUUAAUGGUGGCGAUCUCUUUUUCACUGUACUGCUGAAUCCAAUUUCUAUAUUCAUGACUCAUCAACAGAAUUUCGCCCAUGAUCGAUUAGCUCUGUACACAUUUGACAAUCUUGUGAGGUUUAUUCGAUGUUGGACGAAUAUUCGAUUACUUUGGCAGAGUCCUGUCGAGUCAGCCGAAAUGUAUUUCUCGCUAAUGCCACACGAGAAACUUCCAGUCUGGAGUAAUCCUUGCACAGACCCACGACAUAAAGCUAUAUUACCACCUUCUCUCAAUUGUUCGAAUCUAACGCUUCCUAACACUCUAAUUGUGGGACCGCAAAAGACAGGUUCAACAGCUCUGGCAACUUUUCUAUCAUUACAUCCCAAUGUUUCAACAAAUGCGCCGAUACCUGAUUCAUUCGAGGAGUUGCAGUUCUUCGGUGGAGCUAACUAUCAUAAUGGUGUAGAGUGGUACACGCGGCAGUUUACGCGCGCUCAUGUUGUUUACGAUAAAAGUGCAACGUAUUUUGACAAUGCCAACGCUGCUAGAGAUGCGUUUGCACUUGUUCCAGAAGCAAAAAUUGUCAUUAUAUUGUACGAUCCAGCUAGAAGAGCAUAUUCGUGGUAUCAGCACAUGCUGGCUCACAACGAUUCUGUAGCGCUUGCUGCUAAAAGUAUGGACGCAAUUCUAAAUGCAGACACACCACAGCUAAGAAAGAUCAAACAACGUUGUAUUUCAGGAGGGCGCUACACUCAUCACCUUGAUAGAUGGCUUGAGCAUUAUCCACUCUCGAAUUUAAUCCUGAUUGAUGGAGAGAGGCUAAGGGAGGAACCAGCUGCUGUUCUGACGGAGCUAACGGAGAAGCUUGGCCUUCCAUAUUUUGAUUACAAUAAUAAUGUUCGGUACAGUUCGUCGAAACGAUUUUUUUGCCAGGUGAUUAAUGGGAAGACUAAAUGUCUUGGUCGCGGUAAAGGACGAAUCUAUCCGCCUAUGCCUCCGGAGCUUUGGUCACGCCUCAACAACAUAUUUCUGCAGGAUAACACAGCUCUGCAUAAGUUUCUCGUAAAAAAUCAUCUACCAGUUCCGAGAUGGUUGCGUUCCUUGCUAGAAGGUUGA